AUGCAAAGAGCCAUUUCGUUGAGACAGAAAACAGUAAGCGUUCUUGUUACUUUUAAGAAGGAAGAAGAUUUGACUAGCGCAAUUAAAGAAUUAAAUGGAAAGAAACUCAAUGGAAGGCCUGUGUAUUUGAAAGCUGCUCACUUGUCAAAGAUCGAAGAGGUAGCCAAUGCAGCGAAGAUCAGUGCAAUUCCUUCUAAGUCACCACCAACAACUGCAACUGCAGAUGAUGAAGCACAGGAACAAAAGGCCAACACCACAGCAGAAACAAGUACUUUGCUCGACAUGUUUAAGGAAACUCAGAAGAGGAUUCAAGGUAAAUAUAAAGAAACUAUUGAGAGGCUGAUCAAGCCAAGUGAACCUCUACUCGACGAGGAAGAGGAAGCAAAGCAGAGUGUUCCAAACGGAGAAGUAAUUGUCGCUUAA